AUGAGUGUUCCUGAUGAUAAUGAUAUUGGGUAUAUUCUUGAAGUAGACUUGCACUAUCCAAUUGAAAUACAUGAUGAUCAUUCAGAUUUACCAUUUGCAGCAGAAAAGUUUGCUUCGCCAGGAAGCAAACAUAAAAAAGAUUUUUUUAAAAAACAAAAUAAUUCUAUUUUUGGAAAGAUAAUAGAGAAUAAACGAAAACAAGUCGAUGUAAAAUUGGUGAAUGUAUGGAAAGAUACAUCCAAUAAGACUAAUAAACUAUGUGGAGCUGAAAAAUAUGUAAGUGCUCCUAAUUUUAAAAAUUUGAUAAUAAUUUCAGAUUCGUUAGUAGCAAUCCAGUUAGAACUAACGAAAGUUAUUCUUGAUCGCCCAAUUUACAUUGCGUUUUCAAUUCUGGAUUUAGCUAAGAGUCAUUUAUAUCAUUUUCAUUACUCUAUAAUGAAACGCAUGUAUAAAAAUUCACUGCAACUUUGUUAUACUGAUACUGAUAGUCUGCUGUAUCUAAUAAAUACAAAUGAUUUUUAUGAAGACAUAAAAAAAUAUUUUGAUACAAGUAAUUUCAAAAACAAUCAGUAUGAUAUGCCCAAAGUAAAUUGUAAAAUUCCAAGGUUUUUCAAAGACGAAAUGGAUGGUGAUAUAAUAACUAAAUUUGUUGGAUUAAGAGCGAAAUUAUAUUGUAUUGAUUCUAAAACAACCUCAAUAAGAAAAGCUAAGGGUAUUAAAAAAUCUGUUACUAAAAAUCUUAAUAUUGAAAAAUAUAAACGAGCGUUGUGGUCUAAUGAAAACUUUAGAAAGAGUAUUUGUAUAAUUAGAUCAAAGAAUCAUCAAAUAUUUACUCAAAAAGUUGAUAAACUUUUACUCAAUAGAGAUGAUGAUAAAAGACAAAUUAUGGCAGAUGGCUACAAUACGUUACCGUGGGAACACUAUAAAACUAUAUUUUAA